GCGGUAGGACUCGAACCUUCUUCUCGUUGAUAUUUUGAGCCUGCGUGAGUUCGACGCAGUAAAAGAAGCUGAAGAGGGAGAGGAGGAGGAGAUGUGCUUGGUGUUCGUGUGCGACGAGGAGGAGAGGGUGUUGGGGAGCUACCAAGCGCCGGGGAGCUGCCCCUUCUGUGGCGGCGCCGUCGUCGCCACCGACGUCGAGAGCGCGUGGAGGCUCUGCUUCCUACCCGUCUACUUCCACACCAAGCGCCGCUUCCACUGCGCCAGCCCCCUCUGCGCUCGCCGCUUGGUCGCCUACCGUCCUUAACCAGUCGUUAUGUGUACUGUAAUCAAAGUCCCCUGUUGAUCAUGUAAUUUAAAAAUACUGCAAAAUAAUAGUAAGGAAGAAAACGCCGUGGACGUGCUUUUCCGGUUGAAA